UUAGGCUAAAGUUCCUUGCCACAGACUCACCCGCAGCCUCACAGUCAUCACUCGGGCGGAGCCCCGCUAUAAAUUCCUGCCCUGCUUCUUGACCAGCUCUCGCACUGGACAUUUAGUACAUUCUUUCAUCUUCAGGUGACCCUCUGCCUUUAUCAUCUCACAAUGCCGUCUGAUCUGGAGAAAGCAAUGGAGACUUUGAUCAUGGUGUUUCACCGUUAUGCUGACAAAGAGGGUAGCGAUGUAUCCCUGAAUCGCAAAGAGCUCAAACAGCUGAUGGAGACAGAGCUGUCUAGCUUUCUGAAGUCUCAGAAGGACCCUGCUGCUAUAGACAGGAUUAUGAAGGAUCUGGACUCUAAUGGAGAUGGAGAGGUGAAUUUUGAAGAGUUUGUGUCUCUUGUGGUGGGCCUGUCCAUUGCCUGUGAACAGCUCUACCAGAAGCAUAAGCAGUCAAUGGGUGUCAAAAAACAUUAAAUAGCCAAACAUGAUGGGAAAAAGGAAUGUCUGUUUUUCUGUUUCGUCAUUUUAUUGUUUUACACUUUCUGCCACAUGCCUGGAUUUGAAUUUGUUACUACUGUUACAUUGUAUGUAUGUUUUGCAAAAGAGGAUGUUUUGUCAUUUUUGUCCAGUGAUGUUCAAAUUUACUUUUAGUUUUUAUAAGUAUUUGCAUUAGACAAAAGAUAUCGUUCUCAGAAGUCCUGUAAGUUUCACCAUGGAAAUAAACACUCAGUGAUUUUCA